AUGGGGGCUGAAAUUUUUGAGGUCGAUGCCUUGCCAAAGGAAGAAGCUCGGCAUCUUUUUAAAGAGGUUGUCGGAAUUUCUGAUGAUUCCACUUUGAGUGAUGUUCCAAACCAGGUUGCAGACGAAUGCAAAGGUUUACCUCUUGCAAUCGUUGUUGUUGCCAAGGCAUUCAAGAGUAAACACACAACACCAGAAUCCUGGAAUAUUGCCCUUCGACAGCUAGAGAAGUACACAAUGAGAGACAUUGAAGGAGUUCAAGAUUUGGUGUUUUCAAGCAUUAAGUGGAGCUAUGAUCAUUUGGAAAGUGCUGAAGCUAAGUCGUUACUUUUGCUUUGCAGUUUGUUUCCAGAAGAUUAUAGUAUUCCACUCGAAUGUUUGGUUAGGUAUGGGAAAGGGUUACAAUUGUUUCAGGAUAGAGAGACAUUGGGAGAUGUAAGAGACAGGAUACACAUGCUUAUUAAUGAGCUCAAAAAGUACUAUUUGUUGGUAAGUGAUGGUGAACAAGAAGACUCUGUAAAAUUGCAUAAUGUCGUGCGAGAUGUUUGCUUGUCAAUUGUAUCAAAAGGCGAGCAUGUAUUUUUGGUAAGGAAUGCUAGAGUUGAAGAACGGCAUCCUUACACGACCAUUUCUCUAACAGUGAAAGAUUACACAGUUCAACUACUUCCAUUUGGCAAGAAGAGUCCAUGGCUUAAGCUGUUGCGUUUGGUAUUCCAAUCGGACACUUUGUACCUAUCAAUAGAUUCUUUCGUGGGAAUGGAAGUUCUGAGUGUCAUGGAAAUUAACAACGCAUACAUUGAAUUUACAGUACUAUGGCCUACCCAAAAUUUAAUGAGCAUUCGCACACUGUGCCUGGAUGGUUGCACAUUGCGCACGGGAACUUCAUCAAUGGUUGGGUAUAUGACGCAAUUGGAAAUUUUGAGCUUCUUCCAGUCUGCACUUGAAGACGAUCAGUUUCCAAGGAAAAUUGCUCAGAUGAGUAACUUAAAGUUGUUGGACUUGAGGGUUAGACGUAGCCUCCAACCUUUGCCUCGUGGUAUCCUGUCAAGCUUGAAGAAACUAGAAGAAUUGUAUUUGGCACCUGAUUAUCAUCUGCACCUGGGGAAAGAUAAAGAAGAAGAAAGAGAAUGCAUUAAAGAGAUCAUAUCACUCUCCAACCUUGAAUGCCUCCAAAUUCAUGUAUAUGACCUUAACCUCCUACUCCAGUUAUUGCAUGGAUUUCCCGCUCAGAGGUUGUCAAGAUUCCUCAUUGAAGGAGCUGCUUAUAAUAUGGGCUGGAGAGAUCUCAGUAGGGACUUUCAAUUUGGGAGGACUUUCGAACUUCAUUUGUCUCAGGAUGAACAGUUAAAACAAGCAUUGGAUCCUGCAGUUACCAGAAUUGUCAAGAGAGCUGAGACUCUCACUUUGGACCUUUAUGAUGUGUCAAGCUUGAGGAAUCUUGUGAGUGACUUGGAUAAAGAUGGACUUGCCAAUUUGAAAAGGCUUCAACUAGUGUCUGGAGUAUGCCAAUGCCUUGUUGACUCCACCACCAACCUAGUUGCUCCACAUGUUUUUGGAGAUUUGGUUUUUAUGAAUAUUGUGGAAUGCAGUUUGCAAGAAAUAUGUCAUGGAAAUCUUCCACCUCGGUGCUUCAGUCAACUUCAAGAGGUGAAACUCCAAACUGUAGAUACAAUAAAGUACUUGUGGAUGGGAACAAUUGAACCUCCAUCGCUUUGCAACCUCAGUGUUAUUGAGGUCACCUAUUGUGAUCAAAUUACAGUUCUAUUCUCACAAUCAAUAUUGAAAUGUCUGGUGAAACUCCGAAGUUUAACGACAGAAAACUGCAAGGAGUUGGUGAAUAUUGUUAUGAGGGAAGAAAGUAAGAAGAAGGAAGUGCUUGAGCUACCCCAACUCAAAGUUUUAGUCCAUAAACACACCACCGUAACGGGUUUUGGCACCAAAGAUGAUUCAGCUGAUGCUUUUUUCCACCAGGUUUCACUUCCUAGCUUGGAAGAACUCGAGUUUGGACCGAACACGAGUGACGUGCAACAAAUAAUAGGAGGUGAAAUGCCAAGUCAGUCUCUGGAGAACUUGAAAUUUUUCCGGCUGGAGGACUGUCAGGUUCGAUGGAUUGCCAAAGCUGAUGGAGUGAUAAUAUUACAAAAUCUGCAGAGACUUGAAGCUCAUGGAUGUGACAAGAUGAAAUCACUCUUUGAAUUUGAGGGGCUGAAAGUUCCUAGGCAAUCCCAUGAGGAACUUGCAAUUCUUCCCAAACUAGAGUCCCUGACAUUAAGAUCCUCAGGAUUAACUCACAUUUGGAGGAAUUUCCCUACAGGGGUUCAAGUUUUCCGGAACUUAAGGAAUCUGAAAGUAUGGCAUUGCAGAUUAUUACAAUGUUUGUUUUAUCCUCCUUGUGUGGCUAACAUGCUUGUAAGCCUUGAGGUACUAGUAAUUGGUUGUUGCGACGAAAUGCAUGGAGUUAUAGGUGAGGAAGAUGAAGAGAUCAGUCAAGAAGAUGAUGUUGGAAAUCACAGAGAAAUUGCGUUGGAAAGAACCAAUAAAGAAUUUGUGUUUCCCAAACUGAGCUCAUUAGGAUUGUGA